AUGGAAUUCCUACGUUAUCACUUCGGUGAUCGUAAUCUUGUCAGCCCCCGUAUUAUGCUGCUACUAGACGAUUUUAGUGGGCAUUGGGUUGAUGGCGUGGACGAGUACGCGCGAUCUCUGAAGAUCAUCCUGGAUAAGGUACCCGCAGGGUUGACCUGGUUGAGCCAGCCAGCGGACGUGUGGAUCAAGCCGAUGAAGGAUAGGCUGCGAGGCUUUUGGGUACAAUAUCUACGUGAGCAGCUUCAGCACUACUCAGCCGCUACAACUAGCAACAAGUUCAAGAUGACGGCACCGCGCCGUGCUACAAUUAUAGAGUGGGUGAUGCGGGCGUGA